CAAUCCUGUAUUCAUUGCAAGUCGCGUCAGAAAGGACAUCCAGCCGAGCGCCGUCACCAAUGCCGUGCAGGUAUUGCGUUCAUGCAUGCCUGGAAGUGUCGGAGGCGGACGAACGACAGGGACUGGAGAGAAGUGCAUGUCUGCUUAAUUCAGUAGCUGCAUAGGGCAACAUGGUAAUGCCACGAUAUAUACCUUUUGCGCCAGGCAUAUAUAAGGUAGAGCCGCGAGCCACGGUCUUCUACAGCAAACUGCUCAGCCUCCACUCGACACACUCUCCGGCCUCCACUCACCUAGAGCCCCAUCGAAGAUGUACUUCCUCACCGCUGUCCUCCCUCUCUUCGCCGCUUUGGCCCCCGUAUUCAGCGCACCGUUGACAGAGAGUCCCUUCAUGGGCACCAUUGCGACACCUGCUUCGAAUACCCCUCUUUCUGCCAACACCGCUUUCCCCUUCGGCUACAAUGUCGACAACUGGUGCGAGGAGGGCUACAACAACUUCAAGGUCUUCCUCACGGAAACCGCACCUACCAUCGACGACGUCGACAGCACAGGUGACAUCCAGAAUGCGCUCUAUUCAUUCGGCCAGUUCACUGUUGCCAACUUUGGCCUGCCACCAUCCGGCACGCCGCCCCCGAGUUCGCUCGUGGUGCCUGAUAUUGGAGCUGAGGGCCCGGGCUUCCUGGCCGUCGUUCAGAUCUUCACCAGCUGUCCUGGAGACGUCACUCAGGAGAUCGGAAUUGCCUCUGUCCUCGUGAGCAUGCAGUAAACAUGAACGUUACUGUGGGAGUAGAGUGCGCGUAUGGAACCUGUAUAAAGCGGGGCACUAUCGGACAUGCAGCGGCCCAUAUGUUCCUUGGACAUUAUUUUGCUUACUCGUCAUGUAUCCGGGGUGAUAAUAGGUUGGAUUAGACCGCGGACACUGGAAUAGAUCAGAGCUGUACCGUUGAUGCCAUUGAUUCGCGGACAUGUAAACACGGACCGGAUAUAAAAAAUCUCCGACGUUCUCCGACAACGACGUGUUUUGUGUUUUGUAUAAGCAUUGUACGCAAGUAUGUCCGACAGCGAACAGUGCGAACUGCAACGCAGUCGCUUGUCGACCACAGGGAUUACCACUCAAUUAGAAUCUGUGCCGGUCAUAUAUGUUAUAAUCAAAAACAAAGUAGGGAAAAGGGUCGCAAAGGCGGGAACUUAUCAGAUACUAUGGAGAUAAGGGAGAAGUCUCGCUUUGACCGACCAGUGGGAUCAUCGCUCAUUGCGAGGCUUCCUUUCAGCCCGGGGUAACUUCGCUAUGCGCUUCAUAAAGUCAGGGAAAAAAUCCGUAUUGAUUCCAGGUUUCAGAUGAGACCAGGAC